AUGGCAGGAGGAUUUCAGAUUCCAGGUCUCACCUCGCUAUCACAGCCUGCACAACCUCCCCAACCUGAGCAGCCUGCACAGUCUACACAGUCGAUACCGUCUGCAGAAAGUGUUCAGGAUCAGGCUUCUGCUCAUGACACUGCACCCGAUAUGAUGCAUACAUCCGUUUCCCAAGACGCUUCCGAACAGAAGGAGACUGAAGACUCGGUUCCCCAGAUAAUCUCGCAAGACACCGAGCCUUCGGGACAAGGUGAGAAUGGGUUGGAUGAAGCCGCUGAAUAUAUGGUCCUCGACCAGCCGCAGGUUGUGGAGCCUCCAGCAGAACUUGAUGUUACUAUUCCCGAUGCACCACCCAGCCCGCCUUCUCUCACGUCGGGUCUAGAGGCUCUAUUGGGUGGCUUGGAGGACGCUGUACCUGAGCAGACAGGCAGCUCAACUGCGCAGCCAGAAGAAACCAAUGGAGUCGGACAAGUUGGAGAAGUCCAUGAACCGCACGAUGGACAGCCUCCUAAUCAAGAGGGAUUGGAUGGCGCAGCAGAAAACCCCGAAUGGGAGGAAGAUUCCUCUCCUUACGAAUCUUCCUCUGACUCUAGCAGCUCUGAUGACUCCGACGACGACAGGUCUGAAGAUGAGAAGAACUACAAAGUCCUCGGUCCCGAGGAGACAGCUCGCAUCCUUAUGGAAAUGGAGGGUGGCUCGGACGACGAUGGAGAGGGAAAGGCCAAGGGCAGCGGAUCUGGUGGCCAAGUGCGCACGAAGAACGAACUGCCUGAAGAAGUCAUUCCCAAGCCUGAUGUAACGAUCACUCCCGAGAUGAAGAUGAUUGAGCUUGGCGUGAUCGAGCAUGUGGUCCAAAGCACGGUUGUCAUCAAAGCCAACACGACCGGCGAAUACCAGGUACUUGACACAGGCUCUGUCCUCUGCACCGAGGAUCGUACAGUCAUUGCCGUCAUUGCAGAUCUGAUCGGCAGCGUGCGGCAACCGAGAUACACUGCGCGCUUCACAAACGACGAAGAUAUCAAGGCGUUAGGGCUAGAGUUGGGGACUAAGAUAUUCUACACCCAAUCACACGCGUCGCCUGUGUUCACUCAAGCACUUCGAGAAAUCAAGGGUACAGACGCUAGCAACUGGCAUGACGAAGAAGCUGGCCUCGACGAGAUGGAGUUCUCGGAUGACGAAAAGGAAGCCGAGUACAAGAGGCAGCAAAAGGCCAAGAGGAGAGGUGGACGAGGGGGUAAAGAUGGUCCCGGCGGACGAGGCGGCCGCAACGACACUUCCAGCAAUGGCCCUGCUGGACUCAAAUACGACGACGAGGAUGAUGAUGGCCCCUACAAACGAUUGACGAGACCGGCUGGAUUCGGACAAGGCCAACCGCCGCCUGCCAGCACGGAGGAUCCGAAUGGUGCCUCAGGCCAUGGCGGCUCGUACCGGGGAGGUCGUGGCGACUUUCGAGGAAGAGGCAAUCGGGGCCGUGGGCGACGUGGUGACCGCGGAGCCCCUCGUGGGGGAUAUUCACUCCCGCCGAGACCUUCAGGAACACCCGACUUUCAGCAAGCACCGAUGCAGCAAUACAACACUCCUCCCGUUCCUCCGCAAUUCUCCAAUCAAGCGUACCCUCAACCACCUCCUCAGUUCAGCGCCGCACCUCAGUUUCAUGCUGCAUCACAGUUCAGUGCUCCGCAAAAUGCUCAGCAAGCGCCGAGCCCCCAAUACCCCUUCUCCUGGCCACAAAACGUACCCCAAGGCUUCGUUCCGCCCCCUCCACCCCAGUUUAGCGGCCAGCAAGAUGGGAAUGCUGGCUUCUACAACCCGGCGUUCCUCGCUAGCCUGCAAAACCAGUUUCAGGGACAAUAUGGCCAGCAGGGUCAACAGGGCCAGCAGAACAACAAUCAAUGGGCCGGUCACGGCGGUCAUGGCGGUCAUGGAUAG